GGUUCUUUUAUAUACUAAAACACUACUUUUAUUGCGGAUAUGAGAUUAGAAACGUUUAGUCGGAUUUUCGUGCUUAGAACUCGAAAGCAUUUUCAUAGUGAGAACGGGGAGCCCGUAUCGCUGAACGAGAUAGAGACAACAGAAGAAGAAACCAUGAGUACUACAAUGCUAUUCAAGGCGGCCAAGUGCCCAACAGAUGAGCUGUCAAUAACGAAUUGCCUGGUCUUCAAUCCCACUGACCUUCCAGAAACUACACAGCAUGUUGAAGUUUUUACUGCUCCUUCCCACUCAUUUGUGUUUUCCACUGCGUUUCACCCUAAUAUGGGGAAGGGAACUGUGGGAUUCAACCUUAUGCAGAGGAAGUGGGCCGUGAUCUCCCUGCACCAAGAGAUCCAUGUCAAGCCGUAUAGGGUUGAUCAGAGGCAACAAACAGUGGGCACUAUCACAUUCCAGGUCGAUUUCCUACAGAAGAAAAAUGCAAGCCCAGAACAAUUUGACACUGACAAAAUGGCGAUGGAGUUUUCCAUGCAGUUUGCAAACAGGAUGUUCACGGAACAGCAGGUCCUGGCAUUCCAGUUUGCAGAGAAAAAGCUUCUCUCUGUCUGUGUCAAGUCUAUAGAAGUAUUGGAUUUGAGUGACUUAAAAAAGGCACAAGGCAAACAGCGAAGGUCUCGCAUGGGUUUGCUCACUGGAAACUCUACAAUUAUUUUUGAGAAGUUUGAAGAUUCCACAAUCCACCUUACUGGGAAAUCCAAGGGAAAACAAGCAUACCAGUCUAUAAUCAACCCAGACUGGGACUUCAACAAGAUGGGUAUCGGCGGUCUGGACAACGAGUUUUCUGCCAUCUUCAGACGAGCGUUUGCUUCCCGAGUCUUCCCUCCUGAUUUGGUGGAACAACUAGGAAUGAAGCAUGUGAAGGGUAUCCUGUUAUUCGGUCCUCCAGGUACAGGGAAAACCCUCAUGGCCAGGCAAAUUGGUAAGAUGUUGAACGCAAGGGAACCCAAGAUCGUGAACGGUCCACAGAUUCUUGACAAGUAUGUUGGAGAGUCAGAGGCUAACGUACGGAAGCUCUUCGCUGACGCAGAGGAGGAGGAAAAGAGGUGCGGGGUAAUGAGUGGACUGCACAUCAUCAUCUUUGAUGAGAUAGAUGCCAUCUGCAAGGCGAGAGGCUCUGUGACGGGCAACACGGGGGUACAUGACACAGUUGUGAACCAGCUGCUGGCCAAGAUAGAUGGCGUAGAGCAGCUCAACAAUAUCCUAGUCAUAGGAAUGACAAACAGAAAGGACAUGAUAGAUGAGGCUUUGUUACGACCAGGAAGACUGGAAGUUCAGAUGGAGAUAGGUCUGCCGGAUGAGAAUGGCCGCCUCCAGAUUCUUAACAUCCAUACGAAACUGAUGACAGAUAACGACAAGCUUGCUGAUGAUGUAGAUCUCAAAGAGUUAUCCUCUCUGACAAAGAAUUUCAGCGGUGCCGAGAUAGAGGGCCUGGUCAGAUGUGCUCAGUCAACUGCUAUGAACAGGCUGAUUAAAGCAGCCAGUAAAGUAGAGGUGGACCCUGAGGCUGGGGCAAAGUUGAAGAUCACCAGACAGGACUUCCUACACUCACUGGAAAAUGACAUCAAGCCUGCAUUCGGUAGCAGUAAAGAAGAGUUUGAAAAGUUCAUCGCUAAUGGAGUGUUCAGCUGGGGUCUUCCUGUUCAGCGGGUCUUGGAGGAUGGUGACCUGCUAAUCUCCCAGGCCAGGUUUAGUGAACGCACACCUCUAGUCACUGUCUGCCUUGAAGGACCUGCUGGUUCAGGGAAGACUGCGCUUGCUGCUCAGAUCGCCAAAAACUCCGAUUUCCCUUUCGUGAAAGUUUGCUCGCCUGAGAACAUGGUCGGAUUUCACGAGGCCGCCAAGUGUCAGCUGAUCAAGAAAAUGUUUGAGGAUGCCUAUAAGUCACCGCUUAGCUGUAUCAUUGUGGAUGACAUUGAGCGAUUGUUAGACUACGUGCCCAUCGGACCACGAUUCUCCAACUUAGUGCUGCAAGCCUUGUUAGUCCUACUGAAGAAAGUUCCACCUCAUGGACAUAAGCUUCUUAUCAUAGCCACGACAACUCGCAAGGACGUGUUACUGGACAUGGAGCUCCUGAACGUGUUCAACAACUGCAUCCAUGUGUCGAACAUUUCCACAGGAGAAUACCUAAUGGCUGUCGUAGAAAACCUUGAUGUCUUUACGAACGAGGAGCGCGAACUCCUUGCAAAACGCACCGCAGGAAAAUCGCUGUGGAUUGGAAUCAAGAAGUUGAUGGUUCUGAUUGAGAUGGUCCGCCAGAUCGAGGGGAAUGAAAAGAUAAACAAACUACAAUGUCUCCUCGAGGAGGAGGCUAACCUGCAGAUGAACUAGAUCAUUGAUUUAUGAAUGUUGUAAUUUAUUGAAUUAGGGCGAGUAAUAUAAUUGUAAUUGAACAAUGGUUCAAGAGAUUGUUUAUGGUAUUUAAUAUUAGUGUUUGUGAUUUUGUGAUUGUAAAAAAACUGUCAGAAAGAAUUGUGUAAAAUGGAAGAUAGAAUUUGUGUCGGGGAACUUUGUUUAAAGCAUUUAUUUAAGUGGAAUAUAAAAUAGUGUGAGAAAUUUGUGAUAACAAAUUUGUGUAAACUGAAAUUUUAAUCAGAAUGGCUGGAAUAAUGAUUUUUCUUGGUCCAAUUAAAUGCCUUUAAAGGCUAUUUCCCCUUGUAAAAAAAUGAACAAUGUUCAUUUUUUUCCAAAAAAAUCAUCCCAAAAAUCAUAUUUUUUACCAAUUUUGAAAAAUACAGGUUCCAUUAAUAAAUUAAAAGGGAAUGUUUUUCUUUAAAAAAUAAAGAAAUCUUGACAUGACUAGCUCUUUUACAGCACAAAUUAUACAUUAAACAUUAUACAUUAAAACUUACUAACAUUUAUAUUUGCUAUUUUAUUACCUAUUUUGGAAGGAUAUUCUAUUUUUUCUUGAAGUAGAUUUCUCUUUCCGAUUUGGAAGGCACAGGGAGUGAAAAUAAUCCCCCCAAGAAUCACUGCAAUGAAAGAUUAUAACUCUUUGAUGAGUUAACAGGGGUUUCAAAACAAUCCCAUGCGCUGUACAAUAAUUGCAUCAUUAAAAUAAUCAGCUUAUUUCAUUAUUAGGCCGAAAAUAAAUUGAAACUUUGUGGAAUGACAUUAUGAUCACGUAAAUGUAUAUUGUUUAUGAUUGUGUAUUUUAUGACUACAUUGUGUGAUUUGACAAUUAUUUGUUAUUGAUUAAAAUUUUGCAAAUAAUUAUCAAGAUUAAUUCAAUAGCAUCUAGCUAUGGGACCAGAAUUAUUGUGUAUAUCAUUUAAAUAUUGUUGUAUGUUCAUUUUCUAUAGGACGAAGGCUUUAAGUACAUUGCUGUUAAUGAACUUAAUGAAAUCUGGAUGGAUUAAUAAAAUUUAACAUUUUCAUAAUGAUGUAUUCAAUGUCUUUAUUAUAUGUUCACAUGUUUUGUAUAUCAAACAUAAAGAUAAGAGUGUAGGAAAAAAUCACCACUGCACCCCCCCACCAGAGGGACAUAUUAACCUCAAGAUGUUUUAUUGUAUGUAUGCGAGUAUAAUAUUGACACAACCCAAAAUUCAAUUUGUAAUUUAUUAUAUAGAAGAAUAAAUGCUCUUGAAAAUAUAUCACAGAAACACAUCACAAACAUACUAAAUUUUCAAUUAUAGAUGUGAAGUAUUUUUAUUCACUUUUCUACAAUAUCAAUUAUAAUUAACUAAGAAAGAAGUAUAUAUACAGUUGAAAAUCAGCAGAGUGUGGGUGGGGAUAUUUUGUCUGCUUUGCAAGGAAUGGCGGGGAGAAAUAAGAAUUGGUGGGGGUGGGGGUGCUGGUCAGGGGACGUAUAUACUCCUACUCCAAUGUUAGGUGUUGGUGCAGUGUUUUGAGGGUGUGCAAUAUGAUAUUGUUUUCUUGACAUUAUGUAACAUUAUUAUUAAAGUGUGUUUACAAUACAGUACAAUCAUUUCAGUAGCUUGAUAGAAUGAAUCAUAUUUUUUUUAAAUAAUUUUUUCUAAAAGUGUGUCUGUUUCGUCAUUCAAUUUCUUCAUAAGCCUCAAUAGAAAGUUAGUAAUUCAAUAGUAGGCCUUUUUUACAUUUCUUGACAUCACAUCUGGCUCAUUUACCUAUAAUGUUCAAACUAACCGUCUACAUGGAAGAAAAUAUUGGUGGCUGGUUAAAUACUGAUCCCGGGCUGAGCCCUAAUUAUAAUUAAACGUGUAAAAAUUAGUAUUGUUUCAUUAUGGACUGUUACAAGCUAUCUGUGUAAAAAUGAAAAUCUAUGAUUGUAUAUAUUAUACAAAUCACUUAGUUAAUAAUUUAAAGAUAAAACGGCAAAAAAAGAAUUUAUUGUCAAAUUAAAUGAUCAUUAGUUUAGAUUUUUUUUAGAAGUUAUAGUUUUAUGUAUGCAAUGUUAGAGUGUUGUUUUUGUAAAUGUGGGUUCUAAGUUUGAAAGAAUUUGUUCUUGCGUCUGUGUUAAAUUUCAUUUACUUUGUAUUUAUAUUUAUUGAAUUAUUUAAUAAAUGACAUCUUGGAG